UCGCGUCCUUGCAAAGUGUCAGGAACAUCUAUUAUUUGUAUUUUAAAUUAAUAAGUUUUCCUUGUUCUUACUGAUUGAUAAAACAGUGUAGUGAACGGAACUUUAUAGUAACACAAUGGAGAGAAUUAACACGGACUUUGUAAACUCCUGGCUCCUCAUGAGCUCACCGGCUCCUGUAGUCAGCAUACUGGUGGUUUAUUUACUCUUCGUGCUGAAGCUAGGACCUUACUUCAUGAAGGAUAGACCAGCAUACAAGUUGCAGACUCUUAUACCAAUAUACAAUGCCGUGCAAGUCGGGAUAUCGGCGUUUUUGUUAUACUUGUGUGCAGUCAUGAUGUCAGCCAAUGGUUUGGUGCCAAAAACCUGUGUGAUGGAGACUGAAUACAACCGAAGACAUAUAACAGCAACAAUGCACUACUACUUCCUAGCCAAAAUAUCAGAACUCCUAGACACAAUAUUCUUCGUACUCCGAAAGAAGAGCAACCAAGUGACUUUUCUUCACGUAUAUCAUCACACAUUAAUGGUAGCUGUUACGUGGAUAGCGUUGAAAUAUGAACCGACUUAUACAGUACUGUUCUUAGGACUUUUGAACUCGACUGUACAUGUUGUUAUGUAUACUUAUUAUGGACUGUCAUCGGUGCCGAGUUUGACGAAGUAUUUGUGGUGGAAGAAGUAUAUUACUAGUAUGCAGUUGGUCCAGUUCGCCCUCAUCCUAAUCCAUUUCGGCAUCGCCUUCAUGGUAUCUGAAUGUUCACCGUCCUACACUAUGACAACCGCUAUGGCUAUCAAUGGCACUCUCUUUCUCUAUCUCUUUGGAACCUUUUACGUCAACACAUAUAACAAGAAAACAAAUGAAGAAAAACAAUUCAAAAAUGGAACAGUUAAAACUGAUAUUAAAAACAAAGUACUUGAAAAUGGAAUGAAAUAUGGAAAAGGAAAAACAAAUGAUGACAGUCAAUAUACUAGCGCUUCAAUAACCGUCAAUGAUACCUACAGAAUAAGAUUCAAUUUAGGAAAGAAAGCGACGUAGUUCUAAUUUUAAUUAUUUAGGGUUUAAUUUUAGGAAUUAAUUUAGAAUAUAAAUUAUUUUGCGUGUGAAUAAGCUUUAAGUUA